UGAGAUCAUACGUGAAGUUAGCGGCGCGGGAGCAAGCGGGCUCUGGGAAAUUUGGGAGCAGGCGGCUCAUGAAACAAAGUAGUUAACUACAUUUUCAACGAGAUAUUAUUAGGCCAUGAAUAAUUUGCGAUUGUAACCAGCAUUCGUCUUUUGGAGGCAGAAGUUAACCGGAUGAAUGUGGCUAUGGAAGCGGAGAACCAAAACGGGUUCACAUCCAGCUGUCCGUCUGAGAACAGCAGCAGUUCCUCCACGCUUGAUGUGCUACCUGCAGAAAACCACGACGAGAGCCUGACCCACCACACCCCUCGCCACGGCACGGUUAUCCCCAACCGGAUUUUUGUCGGGGGAAUUGACUACAGGGUCAAUGAGAACGACCUGCGACAUGUCUUCUCUCAACAUGGUGCCGUCAAAGAGGUGAAGAUUGUGAUAGAUCGCUCAGGAAUGUCGAAGGGAUAUGGCUUUGUUACAUUUGAGACUCAAGAUGAUGCAAUGAAAGUCCUUCAUAAUGCUAAUGGCAUCUGUUUUAACGAUAAGAAGCUGAGCAUUGGUCAGGCUGUCCGCAAGCAGCAAGGUCCAGGACAAACUAAGAGUGUUUUUGUGACCAUGCCUGACUCUGCCAUACCUGUGCCGAUGUCCUGUGGGGCCCUGCACCUGACCACGUCUGCAGGCUAUCCCUACACCUACCACAACGGAGUGGCCUACUUCCACUGCCCCAACAUGAGCUCUCCUGCCCACCACUGGCCUCAACCUGCUCCUCCAGUGACGCUUCCUCAGUCCCUUCCGCCGGUCUACCAGCCACCAGCCUAUCACCACCACCAGUGUGCCCCAAACCAGUGUCAUUGGAAUGUGGUCCAGUCGCCGAUGCCCUCCAGUCCAGUCAUGUUCCCCCAGCAGUCAGAAUAUGUGUACCAGCCUGCUGAUGGAGCCCCUUUCCAGCCUCCUCUGCCUGCCAUGGAGGACACCACACCAGAGUUUGUAGAGCCAACGACAGUGCAGCAGGUUUACCCAUUUUAUCCUCAGAGAACUGAAGGAUUGACGCCGAUUUUUCUGCAACAUAACCCUGGAAAGGUAAAGAAAAGAAUCCGAUGUUUCCGCACUCGCGGGUCCAUUUGAAGCCAAAGUAUCGCCGCUACAUCCAUCACAAGGAGUACCACUACCUGCCAGAAGCCACCGCGCCUCCAGACGCCUCUCAUGUAGGCUAAACCCACUGACUGCUGGUCAAGGGACAAAUCCCACUCACAGCACCUCAACCUCUCGUGAGUUUAGUUCCUUCUCCUCGGAUCCAUCGGACAAAUAAUCUAUCAACUGUUUGACCUGUGCCUAGCAACAUAAUGCAGUACGUUUCAUGACAUGUUUUCAUGGCCUCUUUGCUGAGAGAUUCUCUGUUGCCACCAACUCCAGGAAUGCUCUCACCUUGUAAGACUCGCAGCGCUCGGAUCUGUUUCGGUAUUGAUCGUUUAAUACAGUUGGUUGAUUGAGAUUAACUCACUCCAUUACAGUGGCUCACAAUGCAUAAUAGUAUUUACAGAAGUAGGGCUUAAUGUCUCCUCAAUUAACACAUCAACUUAGCAAUGAUUUGAGUUUACACUAAAUCAUUUAUUUUGCUAGUUGUGAUAACACAAUAACUCUAACUAAGAUGACUAAACAAUCCAUCUUGAAAUCUGUGACUCAAGAUUUCCAGGUACAAAUGUCUAAGUUCUUCAGCUUUUGUGAUCCGUGACGUAGUCAGGAGAUGGCCACAGCAUGUUGGCAUUCGGCCAUCAAAUGUCAAGCUUGAAUUCUUUAGUUUUUUGCUGAUCAAACUCAAGUUUAGUUUUAAAACCUGAACUGUACAAUAUGAGAACAAAGUCGGUUUAAGCAGUAACAUUUAAAACCUGAUUUAUUCUUGGUUAACAAUAUGAGCAGGACAUUCAAGGCCAGAUCUAGUGUCUUUCCAAAUUAAGUUGAGCGUAACUUGAACCCUUUUUCGAUUGUUAAACUACUUUUAGUUUUGCAUUUUUAGCGUUGUUGCAGCAUCAUAAGUCUCCUAGCUACAUGCAUACAGACACCAUGCUAGAGCCGAGAAUAUCAAAGAUGUAUUUUCUUGCUGGGUCAACCCUUUUCACCGUUAAUGUGCAGAGAAGCAAUGCUGUACAUCCUCUGCAUCAUUUGUUUGGCAGGAUAUGAAGAAGCAACGCAGAUUUUUUUGGUAUAGUAAUUUGAGUCACUAAGUCAACAUUUGGACGCUGUGAGUGAGCUGCUGCAUCUUAUUGCAUCACCUCUGCUCAGCUUUAUCGGUGAUGGGACCUUUUGGCGUCCUCUGAUCCAUUCAGUCUGAUGUGAAGAGAUUUGUCUAUCGUUUUUAAACCAGCUCUAAUUGGUUUAAUAAUUUAGUAGCAGCAAUAGGCGGCUGUGUUGUUGAAACGGUACAGAAGUAACAGCGACAUGACCAUUUUAAUCCACACAGCGACGCAUUUAUAGAACAGAACAUGUAAGAAACCAGUGUGCCUCGAGGAUCUGGGUCUUGUUUGCUAACUGCUUUCAAAGCUGGACUUGGCUUGUUAAACUGCACCUUCCAAGUAACCGCAAAUUCAUUGGCCUUGCUCGGUAGUUUUAGUAAUAAUAAAGUAAUAAUUGAAAUACUUAAUUCAGUAACUGUAAGUGAUUGGGAGAUUCUCUCAAAAGUUAUUUUUCAGUGUAAAUUAGUUUCUUUUCUAGUUUUAUUAAAAGUUCUGGAUUGUUCUAGAUUUGCAGGUUAUGUGGUUGAGUUUGCUGUUUCUAAAUAUUUCACAAGCCUGCCUUGAAACUCAUUACAGGUUGAAUUACAUUUAAAUGCUUUUUAUCCAUUUUCUGUUCAGUUUGAUGUAUUUUUGCUUUUAAUAUAGUUAAAAAUGUAGAUGUACAUUUUUCAGUGUGCUUUUCAUGCCUUUGCAAUUUCAGUUAUUGUAUUUUUAACUCCAUAUAUUUAGUCUUGGCUCAAACUUGGGUUUUGUCUGCCGUUAAAUGGUAAAACAGUAUAACCAGAAUAACCAAAUCUAACCUAUUUUUGUGAUUUCUUUACAUUGUCUUAAAGAGAUAUGUGCAGUACAUAUUUAACUCUGUUUUAACAUCAUCAUUUUAAGUUCAGUGUGUUUGCAGUUCUUGAAUGGAAAUAAAUGCUUCCCUUGGU